AUGUCGUACGAUGCUUACAGAGGCAGCGCUGGAGGCGGAGGCGGUUACGGAGGUGGACAUGGUGGAUCAAAUGGAGGUGGUGGUUACGGUGGCUCUCGUGGAGGAGGUGGUGGAUAUGGAGGUGGCGGAGGCGGGUAUUCUGGUGGUGGAGGCGGUGGAUACGGCGGUGGAGCCGGUGGAGACCGAAUGAGCAACCUUGGAGCAGGGCUCAAGACCCAAUCAUGGGAUCCAUCAACUUUGCCCAAAUUCGAAAAAUCUUUCUACAAGGAAGAUCCUGCGGUUACUGCACGCACUGGCGCAGAAAUCGAAGCCUUCAGAGCUGAAAAGCAGAUGCGCGUUCAAGGGCGUGAUGUCCCUAAACCCGUUAUAACUUUUGAUGAGGCUGGAUUCCCCAGCUAUGUCAUGAACGAGGUCAAAGCUCAAGGAUUUUCAGCACCUACCGCUAUCCAAUCGCAGGGUUGGCCAAUGGCACUUUCAGGGCGCGAUGUUGUCGGUAUUGCCGAAACCGGUUCCGGUAAAACUUUGACUUACUGUCUCCCUGCUAUCGUUCACAUCAACGCUCAGCCGCUCCUUGCUCCUGGUGAUGGUCCCAUCGUUCUUGUUCUGGCCCCAACUCGCGAGUUGGCUGUUCAGAUUCAGCAAGAAGUCGCCAAGUUCGGAAAAUCUUCCCGUAUUCGAAACACUUGUGUUUAUGGAGGUGUUCCCAAAGGGCCCCAGGUCCGAGAUCUCGCCCGUGGAGUCGAAGUCUUGAUCGCCACACCUGGACGUUUGAUUGAUAUGUUGGAGAGUGGCAAAACUAACCUCCGUCGCGUUACCUACUUGGUACUUGACGAGGCCGAUCGCAUGCUUGACAUGGGUUUCGAGCCCCAAAUCCGUAAGAUCCUUAGCCAAAUUCGUCCGGAUCGUCAAACUUGCAUGUGGUCUGCAACUUGGCCCAAGGAAGUCCGCCAACUCGCAUCCGACUUCCAGAACGAUUUCAUUCAAGUCAACAUUGGUUCUCUUGAGCUUUCGGCCAAUCACAACAUCCAGCAGAUUGUAGAAAUUAUGAUGGAUUACGACAAGCGUGAUAGACUCAUUAAACACCUCGAGAAAGUCAUGGACGAUAAGAACAGUAAAUGUCUUAUCUUCACUGGUACUAAGCGCACAGCAGACGAGAUCACCAGGUUCCUUCGACAAGAUGGAUGGCCCUGCUUGGCUAUUCAUGGUGAUAAACAGCAGAAUGAGCGUGAUUGGGUUUUGAACGAGUUCAAGACUGGAAAAAGCCCUAUUAUGGUUGCUACUGACGUGGCUAGUCGUGGCAUUGAUGUUCGUAACAUCACGCACGUUAUUAACUUUGAUUACCCCAAUAACUCAGAAGAUUAUGUUCAUCGUAUUGGUAGAACUGGUCGUGGAGGUGCCAAGGGAACUGCUAUUACUUUCUUCACUACAAAUGAUGCCAAGCAGGCUAAGGAUCUUCUCACUGUCUUGAGGGAAGCUAAGCAGCAGAUCCCUCCAGAGCUCGCUGAUAUGGCUCGCUCAGGUGGUUUCGGCGGCGGCGGGCGCUAUGGUGCCUCCAGGGGCCGUGGCGGCCCCCGCGGCGGCGGCGGUAGAAAUGAUGGGUCCUCAUCGUCUAACAGUGCGCCCUUGGGUCGCAGCCGUUUCUAA